AUGCGUAUUUCAUCUCAGAUUCUCAUCUCAAUAGUGGUGGGCUUCUCCCUUGCAGUUCCUGCCCCCCCUAUUAACAUUGAGUCAAAUACUGUUGAGGGGAAGUCGGUCGAUAGCGGCGAUAUUGCAUCGGAGUUCUUGUCCAGCUUGAUAGCCAAUGCUUCACAGGCAAAUGUUGAUGAUUCUAGCAAGGAUCGGCGGUCUCAAAGUUCAUUGCAAGUGAACCUUGGUUACGCCAAGUAUAAAGGCUACUAUGACUCUGCAAGCGACUUAAAUGUUUGGAAAGGUAUAAGAUACGCAGCGGCACCUAUAGGAAAUCUCCGCUGGCAACCACCACGCUUUCCAGCCACUCAGCCAUCAGCACAACCAAUUCCCGCCACUGACUUUGGCCCCAUCUGUCCACAGGCAUAUCUAGCUGUGCCUGGAGUCCCUAGCAUUCUGGGAAACGAAGACUGCCUGUUCCUGAACGUUUACGCGCCAUCCAAUGCCUCCAGGCUACCGGUCUUAGUGUACAUCCAUGGUGGUGGAUACGGCUUUGGUGAUGGCACUCUGGAUAUGAGCGGUAUCGUAAACAGUAACGACAACAAUUUCAUUGCCGUCACAAUACAGUAUCGGCUAGGCGCAUUUGGCUUCCUGUCAUCGCAAGAAGUGAAGAGCAAAGGCGUUGUAAAUGCCGGCCUUCUCGACCAAGCAUUUGCACUUCUGUGGAUCAAGCUCUUCAUCGGCCAGUUCGGCGGCGAUCCUUUGUCUAUUACCAUCUCGGGCGACUCGGCCGGCGGGAGCUCUGUUUUGUACCACGAUAUGGCCGCUGGAGGCAGCUUAGGCACCUUGCUUUUCAACCAGGGAAUUGCUGCAUCUCCAUACUUGCCUUUCCAAUACACUUACAAUGCUGCCUGGCCUACGGCUCGUUACUAUGCAUUCUCGGCCGCGGCUGGCUGUCCCGGCUCCGGGAAUGUCUUCUCCUGCCUCAUCGGAAAAGAUACAGUCAGCCUACAGAACGCCAACAUCCAACUGGCCGCACAGCAGACUUAUGGUUUCUGGGCGUUCUACCCUGUUAGAGACAACGUUUAUAUCACAGGCCUACCCAGCCAACAACUGAAAGCUAAGAAAGUUAAUGGAAAGAAGCUCUUGGUGGGCAAUAACGCCAAUGAAGGACCGCUUUUUGUACCUCCCUCCAUGUCAACCAUUGCCGAUAUAACCAACUGGCUGCACGCUGAAUUCCCCAACCUCUCUGACGCCCAAAUCAAUUCUAUCUUAGCAGUGAAUCCCAACAACGCAAAUACUACGGCAGGUCCUUUAUUUGAAACCAGCGGCGUAACAGGUCUGACUGCUGUCAAUGUAUCCCAGGAUGCGAACGGCCAGCAGCAACGAGCUAAUAAUAUCUAUGCCGAAGCGACGUUUGUUUGCCCGUCUUAUUGGAUGGCAUCGGCCUAUACGUCCAAUGGCCGGCGGAGCUGGCAUUACCAAUUCUCAGUACCGUUCGCCUCGCAUACCACUGACAUGAAUGCCUACUUUGGCCCAUCGACACCAAAUCUGUCUACCGAUUUUAUCCUGGCAUUCAGGCGCAUUUGGGGCAAUUUUAUUACAAAAGGCGAUCCAUCCAUAACGAAUGCUAUUGCAAACGGAGCCUCGUCGUCAAACCCUAAUGCAGCCAAUGGCGCUUCUACCUGGCCAGCUUGGACCGAGACCAGCCCCAAGCAGCUCAAUCUCAAUGAGACAGGUGGCGUGCCCUAUUCAUUCACUACACAAUGGGGCGUGCCUGUCACGCAGUUUCAACAACCUGGCCUACGCAAUGCUAUCUCUGUCGUCCCAGCCGAUACUUGGGAAGGUGGCCGCGGUACGCGGUGCAAUUUCUACCAGACGCUUGCAAGCAGCAUCCCAGUAUAG